AUGGUUCAGGAAACAGGCAGUAUAUCACUGCCACAAAAGCGAUAUUACCGUCAAAGGGCGCACUCAAAUCCAAUUGCUGAUCAUUGCUUCGACUACCCGGCACACCCGGAUGAUGUCGAUUGGCAGGAGAUGUAUCCAAAUAUAACAUCUGACCAAUGUGUCGAAUUCGCAGAUAUUGGGUGCGGGUAUGGCGGCUUUCUUGUUACUCUUGGGGAAAUGUUUCCCGACCGGUUUGCAAUCGGGCUAGAAAUUCGUGUGAAGGUUUCAGAUUAUGUCAUGGAUCGUAUAAAAGCGCUACGUACUUUGCAUCCAGGGAAAUAUAACAAUAUUGCUUGCUUACGCACAAAUGCCAUGAAGUAUCUACCAAAUUAUUUCCGCAAGGCACAAUUAGAUAAAAUGUUUUUCCUUUACCCUGACCCACAUUUUAAGCGCGCCAAGCAUAAGUGGCGUAUAAUAAAUCAAGCUCUUCUCUCAGAAUACGCGUAUGUAUUACGAAAAGGUGGACUUGUUUAUACAAUGACUGAUGUAGAAGAUCUUCAUAAAUGGAUAGUACUCCAUAUGGAGCAACAUCCUCUAUACGAGAGAUUACCAAAUGAUGAAGAGAAAGCCGAUCCAAUUACACCGAAACUUUAUCAGAGCAGCGAAGAGGGCGCAAAGGUUGUACGAAACAAGGGUGACCAUUUCUUGGCAAUAUUCAGACGAAUUUAAUAUAGCUAAACAUAAGUUAAGUCUCGUUUAUAUAAUUUAACACAAAUAAAUAAAUUAGAUUUACA